GAAAGUUUUAGAAUUUUUAUUAUAUAGUGGUGCUGCUAGUAUUUGAAUGUAACGAUAUCUAGCUGUCGAAGUCUUGUGAUUAUCUGCAAAGAAACUUGUUUAACACCAUGCCUUCUAAUGAAAAGUUGUCCUAUCAUAAAGCACUUAGAAACCUUAUGAAAACAUCUUUUCACAAACAUAGACUCAGUUCAGCUGGAGUGGAUAUAAUGUCGAAAAUAUUAAAUAAAAUACAUGUAGACCUGAUUAAAGGUUUUGAAGAUGAAUUUGGAUCUUCUGAUGAAAUUACCAAUAGUGAAUUUCUCCAUUAUAUGCACAAGGCCGCAGAAAAGAUGCUCAUUGGAGAUAUUAGGAAGCAUGCCCUUUCUGAAGCACAAAGGCAAUUAACUCUGCUGAAGAAUGGUUUAUUACAACUUCCAUCAAAAAAGUCUGUUUCAAGAAAAGCUAGAAAAGACGUUACUCGGAAGUUGCUUCCUAAAAGUAUUGAAAAAAUUGCCGGAGCAAAGAGAAGAUCUGUAACCAAAGAUAUUCGAAUGUCAGCAUUUAUAUUAAGAUCUACUUUCAAAAGACUGUUAUUUGAGCUUUCUGGUAGGCAGCAAGUUCAAGUUAGCUGUGAUUCACAAUGCUCUAAGUGUUUGGAAAACACCAUAUUUAUAAUUAUUGAAUAUUUAAUUUCAUGUGUUUCUGAUAUCUGUCAAGCUGGGAAGAUGCCUGAAAUAACGCAUUUAGAAUUUUAUGAUGUUAUCAAUGACACAUUUCCACAUGCACUAAUGCAGCACGCAUUAGCUGAAGGUUCUCGUUACGUUAAAGAAUAUGCUGAUGGUUUGCUGAAUUUCGUACCUAAGAAACCUGUUCCGAAACAAGUCACCAAGACAAUACCCUUUAAAAGCACAAGAAAGGUGUCCACUAGACAGAAACCUAUAAAAGAAAAGCCUAAAUUAAAUAAAGUUCAAAUGCCAACAUUCAUGUUGAGAUCUACCUUUAAAGAGCUAUUGCCUGAGUAUAAUGACAGGAAGCAAAGUCAUGUCAUCUGUGACUCAAAGUCUUUGAAAUAUAUGGAACACAUUAUAUUUGCGAUACUUGAUGAUAUAUGUUACCAUGUUACUGAAUCAUGUCGAACUGGCUCAAUGCAGAAUAUGGGACAUUUAGAAUUGAGUGAAUUCAUCAAAAACUCCUUUCCGAAUGAGCUGAAGCUGCAUGCAAUAGCUGAGGGUUCUCGCUAUGUUAAAGAAUAUGCUGAUGGUAAUUAA